GUCUGGUUAUAUUCAACCACUUCUCAAAUCACCACUCAGUCAUCAUCAUGAAGCCUGCGAUAGAGCCUGACGCCGCCCUGGACGGCUGCCCAUUUGUUGUCUCCUACUUCGGUUUCUUUUGGUCAGACUAUUGGUCGGCAACAUACACGCUAGGCCCGUUGCUCAAGCAUGAUCGGCACUCCGACGUCUUCGGCCUUGAGCACUACCCUCCGGACAUCCCGGAUCCAAAUCCGACCGGCGUUGCGCUUGAGGCGCGGAGAUUCGUUCUCGACAGCACCGACAGCCUCCCUGUGAAAGCGCGCAAGUACAGACUGAAGUGCAUAAAGCGCCUGAGGGCGCGGCAGCUUUGGACCUCAAUCAAAAAGAACACAAGAGUGGCAUUUGUCAUAUACAGGACCGACACGAAACUUCCACGCCUCAUAGACGGACUCAUGCCCGAUAACCAACUUCAAUACCGCAUCCUCUCGCGCGUUUUCCGCGCGCAUAACGAAUUCGAGAAGCUUUUGGACAAAGGGUUUCUGGUUCCGGAGGCCGAAGCUACUGAUUCUCAACACGACAAUAUCGACUUGCAUGUCGAUGGAGGAAACAGCGAUGAGGGUGGCUUGACAGCUGCUGCUGUCUCUGUGACCCCAGAGAUUCCCAACACUGUAUCGCCAGAUUUUUUCUAUGGCGGCCUAGAAACGCCGAGUGUCAAAAAUGCCGACAGCUUCUCUCUUGCAACGAGUGAUCCAGAAGAGCUCGGAACCGACUCCCAUGUUGAUGUAGAUGAAGAGACGAGUGAUGAUGGCUAUGACGAGGACGCUGUGGACCAAACUACUGGUAUUUCAGGCACUGCGCAGGUUUGCGAUGGACAUGGUGGGGAGAAACAGACGACCGUCGUGAUGGAUACCCUGCCUGACACAGUGAGCCAAAUUGGACGACGACAGAGACUUUGGAAAGAGAUUGGGUUGGUAUGUUUGGACUUUAUAGCCAAGGCGGCACCGAUCACUGUCCUGUUUGUUGUUGUGUGGGCGUUGACCAGAUACCUACUUUACUUUUUCGUGGCCAAAUGGCAUACUUGGUAGAACUUGAAAGCUUUUCUUUCUUG